AUGGCCCAGACCCCCGAGCAGCGAAGGCGCAACGCCAAGUUCGUCAAGGAGCAGGAGGCGCGCCGUGGCAAGUCCGAGACCGAGAUCAAGAAGCGGACCAAGGAUGUGGCCAAGUCGCCCAUCUCGCCCAUGUGGCUCGGUGUACUCGGCUUCAUCGUCUUUGGCGGUCUGGUCUUCGAGGUCUUCUCUCGCCUGUUCCUCGGCGGCCGGUAG